GGCUGAGUACUAUUGCUCGAUCCCACUACGCCUUUUCUUUCAACCGGUGUAUAACGUGUGUCAAUCUGCUGGGCGAAGUGAAUGAUGGACUGUUAGUGUAUGUGUGACGCUCAUUGUUUGAUAUUGCCGUGACCCCCCGAGAGAUACGUUCACACCGAGAGGGAAAACUGAUAUCAACAUCCUUUGCUCUUGAGAUUAUGGUGCGACCAUUCUCAAGUGAUAGAUCAAAUGUCGUUUAAAUGUUUCGAGAAUUACCUUAUGAGGACGAGAUGAUACUAGGAAGGCGGUGCGACCAGGGGCACGGGCGGAGUCGCUUCACAAGGGAGAAGGAUCUCGAGCCGUCGUCCACUUGACCAGGAUCUCAUCAACAACAUCUCAUCGCUCAACCUCAGCACCACAGACCUCGGCAAAUUAUGUGGUCGCGUGGGCGUGGAUGGGCGUGGGUGGCGGAUGUGUACCCGGUCCCCUGAGGUCGCGAGCGUGAUGGUGGAGGCCGCGUGGGUGAGCGUCGUCCACUGCCAGCGCGUCAUGAAGUAUGAGCGCUGGAAUUGCUCCCUCGGCCAUUCCCGCAUCAUGAUGGUCAAGAAAGUGUACCGGGAGACGGCGUUGCUGCAGGGUCUGUCGGCGGCCGCCCUCACGCACGUGGUGGCGAGGGCGUGCGCCUCAGGCCGCCUCACACGCUGCUCCUGUGACGAGUCGACCGUGACCCGGACGGAGAACAUGCGGGUGUGGCGCUGGGGCGGGUGCGGGGACAACCUGGCCUUCGGCACCAGGUUCGCUCGCCGUUUGUUUGUGGGAAGGACAAAGAAAAAGAAGAAGACAAAGAACGGGAAAUCGCGGCGGAGCAGAGACUUCAAGUCCCGGAUCGACGCCCACAACGCCUGUGCGGGGAUGAAGGUGCAGUGUGGGCGUCGUUGGACGAGGGUGCCUGUGCCAAACACUCAGCAAGCCAUGGCAUUUCGUGGUCCCGAAACCCCAGAAGGAAAUCUGAUACCUCUCCAGGGUAAAAGGGGGCCCAACCAGGGGGCUCCCCUGGUGCUUCUUUGUGCAGCUAACACGAGGUCUAAUCCCCAGAGUGAACCCUUAGACCAGUGUAUCGAGUUCCCUUCCCAGGGCAAUGGGACCGCCCUAGGACACGGACCCCCUCCCCCGUAG